CCCUUGGCGAGGUUAUGUUUUCACUGCUUGUGGCGCGAUAUUUAUUUACAAACGUAGCCAGCACACCGGUCGAGGUUGGUGGGGAUGAUUCGAGGUUGGAGAGGCAGCAAUUUGGCGGCAGCCGGCGUCUGUGCGAGAUUUUCUAUCCAUUGACUAUGAACGGUCGAUUAACCUGCUGCGUGACAGAGAAUGAGUUGGUACACAGAAAAGAUGGGAAGUGUAUUCACCUCUCUGAAGUUUCUUAUGGUAUGGAUGCUGAUACUUUUGGCAGAUUUCAUCCUUGAACUUCGAUUUGAAUAUUUAUGGCCAGGUUGGCUAUUUGUCAAAGGGGUGUAUGAUUCCUCUCGAUGUCAGGGCCUUGCUAUUUCCAUACUCUUUGUAUGUGCAGCAUUUACCUCAGAUGUGUUCUGUUUUAUCUUCAUACCACUGCACUGGCUUUUCUUCGUUGCUAGUACAUAUGUAUGGAUUCAAUACCUCUGGAACUCAGAAAGGGGUGUUUGCUUGUCUACUUUGUCACUUUGGAUACUUUUUAUUUACAUAGAAGCAACAUUCAGGUUCAAGGAUUUGAGAAAUUACAACGCCUAUCUUUGCCGGCCAUUUGCAGCCCAUUGCAUAGGAUAUCCAAUGGUGUGUUUAGGAUUCAAAUUUAAAAGUUACAUUUACCACAAAAUUAAAUUAAGGAAACAAAAAGAAGUUCAAAAACAGAACGAGUUUUUCAUGCAUCUUGUUCAGCAAGCCUUACCCUCAACAGAACAGCAACAAACAAGCCAGGAGCAGACAUUGGACAAAGUAUUUAAAGGGCUUUCACUAUGGUCUCAGUACCAGCAUGAAAAUAGAGCCAUUGUCAUUGGGAAGAAGUACAGUUUAGCCUUACCAGAAAUGGACUUUAAAGAAAGAGCUAAAGAGAAGGAGGUCAUAAAGCAAACUCUUGCAACCAAUAAUUGUUUACAAGGAACUGACUCUCGGAUGGGUGAAGCAGAAAGUGUGGAAAACCACUUUGUCAAAACAAUGGAUUAUGAGCCACUUGAAAGCGCUGAAAACCUACCCCAUGAUGACUUGUGUGCCGAAACCACAAAAGUCUGCAAGCACAAAUCACCAAAGGCACACGGUGCAUCAAAUGGUAAUGUGACUUUUGCCAAGGUGGAGAAGAAGCAAAAAUGCUCAAGCAAAAGCAGCAACACACGCAGAGGGAUCUUGGAGAAUGGCUCUCUGAAUCAUCAGAACAGCAAACCAGAGGCCAUGCUACGACUGGAAAAUGAUAUAAAAAAACUGAAGGCAGACCUACAAGCCUCUCGGCAAUGUGAGCAGGAACUCCGCAAUCAGAUUAAUGUACUUACCAAUAGCAAACAAAAAGUACGGUCUGAGCUGGUUCAGCUUCGACAAGAAAAUGAGCUCCUGCAGACCAGAAUGCACUGUGCUUUGCAAACGAAACAGAAGGACAAGCAGAACAUUGUGUACCUGGAGAAAAAGCUUCGAGCUGAGCUGGAGGGUCGAGCUCUGCUGGAGAAGCAGGUGAUGGAUGUAAAACGGAGAAAAACAGAAGAAGCUUCGGUUCUCACCCGAACUGCCUCACUCAGUGCAUCUAUCAGGGGAGACUGCACAGACACCUUGAAGAACAGAAUGAAAGAAAUGGAUGCAGAGUAUAAACAGCUGCAGGCAGAACUCAAAAUGAAAGAUGACCAUCUAAGGAAAGUAGAGCAGGAAGUGCAGGAACUUUGUAAAUAUAAAGAAAAUGAACAGGACACGGAAAUGCUGAUGGCAGCACUUUCAGCCAUGCAGGAUAAAACUCAGCACUUGGAAAUCAAUCUCAGUGCAGAGACCAGGAUAAAACUGGACCUUUUCUCUGCUCUUGGGGAUGCCAGGAGACAACUUGAGAUUGCACAAGGACACAUAAUCCAACAAGAUCAGGAAAUUAAAGAGCUCAAACAGAAGGUGGCUGAAGUUAUGGCAGUCAUGCCAGGCAUCACCUACAGUGUUGCAAGCACACUCAGUCCUGCAACUUCACACUAUUCCUCAAAGUUUGUGGAAACUGGGAAUUGUGUACUUGAUCCUAAUACUUUAAUGUACCAGUCUCUGAAGAAAUAAAUGCACUAACCUCCUUAACUAACCUUCAAUUGUGAUUUUCAUCCACCUAUGACUAACGUUGGAGGAUGAGAUGAUCUUGUUUUUCUUAGUAUUCAGAAGUAUUUAUUUUUCUUUUUACUGCAUUUUGGGGUCUUUGGGUACCAUUAAAUGGAAUUAAGGUGCUUUUUAUCAUGUAAUUGACUAGAUUCUCGAAAGAACCUUGGGUAUUUGGAAGCAUUUAGUCAUCAUAAUGUGCUUCAAUCUAUCCAAAACAUUAUAAAUUCUGCCUGGAGAUCUCGGUAAAGCACCUUACUGUAUAAUUGGUAUUGAUACAAUAUCUGAACAACAUCAAUGUGGUAUGAUUUAUUUUUAGUGUUAGAAACAACAGUCAAAAUUAACGAUGGGUGAAACAAUAAGUCAACAUUAACAAGCACAUCAUGAAAAGCAUAGGGGUUACUGUUGAAAAACAAUGUUGUGGAAAUAUUACAAUUAAACUAAAGCAAGCACAUGUUUCUAGUAGAGCAGAUCCAUGAUUUACAUUCUUGCAGAUGUUAUUCCUAGGUUCAUCAAAAGCAGUACAAACCCAAGAUACUAACGGGUAACAUAUUCACACUUAAAAAAGGGUCAUAAUUUAAAAGCACCAUUGUUUAGAUAUUAAAACAUUUCUAAUCUAUUAAUAAUGGAAUUGAUACUUCAUUCUUAUAAUUAUAGUUCUUCUUUCUUAAAAUGUUAAUAGAGACGUUAUGAAAUAAUGCAGUCAUGAAAAAAAUGUUUUCCAAAUUCCUUUUAGAAUGCGAGAGAUAAUUAUCAAGUUCGAUUUUGAUAGUAGCAUCAGUUCGUUUGAUUUGUACCUUCGCACAGCAUCAUGGUAUAUUGCAUUGCAAAAUGCACAUUUUCCAGAUAUCGGGAUCUUUGAUUCAUACCCUUACUAGUGAAGGAAUAUAUACCAGUUGGUCAAAUUUAAAGAUAAUUAUAUUCUACCAGUUAAAUCUGCAGUAGGAAAAUACAGUUUCAGCAAAACAAUCUAAGUACUGUUGCUUAAAGGCACUGAGAGCGGUCAUAUUGCACAAAAUUCCUUUGCAUGAUUCAUGACCUAAAGUAUUCUGCUUGAGAUACGAGGUAACGGCAACCACGGGCCUAAGGCAGCAUAGCCUGAUAAUGAUGGCACCCGGGUGGAAAACAAAAUGUCACUUAAUGGAGAGAUGAUAUAAAAUGACUAACAGUUUGUCAGGAUAGCAAAUGGAGGAGUACCUUAAUACGAUUGAGGGAUUAAUGGAAGAAUUCAAUAAGAUAUUGAUUUGUUUUAAGAAUGGUGAGGAAGGCCUUCAGUCCUGGUGCACAGUUUUACUUUGAUUUUCAUCAGCUUAGCAUGAGGGGGCAGGCUACUAUAAAUUUUACAGAUGCUUAGUCAGUCGGGCACAUUAUUUCUGAAUUUUACGUCAAUGAUCUGUGUAUAAAUCCUGAAGAUUUACUCGUGGCUUAUCAGAUGAUCAUUCUAAAUUAACUUUAAAAUUAUUUAUAAUAACUUGACGUAUGAAAUAUUUUCUGGCAGCAACAAUGCAAAUUCUGUAAUCAGUUGGGUAAAUUGGAUUGAAACAAAAUUGUACCUAAAAUAGCAGGAAACAGAUGGCUUCCUGCAGUAUUAAGGCAAUGUAAUGGUCCAUUGCAAAAUAAUAAUUACAUCACUAGAUUCUUGCUUUCUUUACUUACUACUGCAAGUUUUGGAUUAACUAGUUUUUAGAUUCAUUGUCAAAUAAUAUUUAUGAUGAUAUUUAAAAUAUGUUUGAUGUACAAAAACAUAUAUUUUUUCCUGGUUCAUCUAGGAGCUAAUACUUUUACACCAGGUUCUCGAUUUUUACCCAUCUGAUCCACAUUUUUGUUUUGAUUGAUCCAACAUCCAUAAUACAUUAUUUACUUUUGUUCUGUGAUUGAGAAACUCGUCUCUUCAUUUUUCAAUGGUAUUUACAUUUGUUCCAGCAUUUUCCCCACAUCUAAACUAUUCACAGGGACAUCAGCAGGAGUACAACCAGUACAAAAUAAUUUAUCUGAAAUGUGAUUUCCAACCACAUUGGCUGGAAAAAUGCCAGUUCGUGUUUGCUGGCUCCUUUAACUAAAUCAGCUUCUUUUGAAAUUGUGCAGUUUAAAGGGCCACCAUAUAAACUGAUUUAUUUGACCUCGCAAUCUCACGUGUGCAUUGACUGCUUGUCCAUGGAAUUCGAGUCCAUAGGCACAUUCAGCUACCAGAUCACAGAAAUAUUCUGGCUGCUAAUUAUAAUCUCUGUUCCCUGCUGACAUAGGGAGGUCACCCAAAUUCCAGACACAAGGAGAGAUGAUUUUUUCCCCCUCUCUAUUCCACAGGAGCAACAGAGCAGGUUUAGGAAUAUGUCCUUGUGCAUGUUUUCCAAAGGUGCAGGCAUUCAUAAAUUUCACUCAUCUUCUCAUGGAGACUUCCUUAUCAAUCUCCUGCUAAGAAUGCAUAUGUAUAACCCUGUAAAUUUUGAUGGUUUCAAAAAUUUGGAUACUGUUUUUUAUCAGUCUGUCCACAACCCCCUAACACUUUAAGGCAUUUUGGCAACCCCUACUGCCAUCCAUUCAUUAAUUGACAACUCUCCCUGCAGUCAGAAGAGUACUGCUGGGGUUAACUUUGUCCCUUUAUAUGUCGCUGCAAAGAUUUUGAGUGUGGUGCCACCUACUGAGAACUCCAAGAACUUACAGCACAUCAAUAAGUGAGUUCAGUAUUCCGAUAAACGUAAGGAAUCAUGACAUUUGUCAAAGGUCAUUUGGGGAAAAAAAGUUAAUGCAGCACUGUAUAAACUGUGUAUAAAUUGUUAACUAUUCUACCAAUGAAUUAAUCUAGAAUUCCGUCAACUCAAUAGCUUCCUUUCUUGUUCUACUUUUCACACACUACUUACACAGUCCCAGUUCCAGUUCAGUUCAUCAAACUACAAUUAUGAGAUAUUCAAAAAGUUAAAGAAUUUAUUAUUUUCAUUUAAUCCUUAAUGUGUUUACUACUGGAAUAAGAAAAUAUUACUUCUGUUUGAAACAUUUUCUUAUCAUUAUUCAUAAUUUAUGUAUAAAAAUAUAUUUAAUCUGAGGCAGGCAACAACUGUAUCAGCCUGCUUUACCUACAGGUGGUAUGAAUGUACAGUUCAGGCAGGGUUUGGCAACCUACGGCCCACGGGCCAGAUCCGGCCCAUAAUCUGAAAUCAUCUGGCCCGUCGGCAUAUUUUUUUAGUGACUAGAAUGUUGUUUUUGCUUUCAGUGGGACUUUGCCCAGAGUUGUCCCAGUGCUCAGGCAUGGCAGCUCUCCGGGAUGAUUUUGACUGGGAUGGUUUUACAUUGUGAAGUUCACUGUGCCUGAGUUAUUGAUCAGAGUGAACACCCAUUCCUGUGGACAUGCCUCACUGUGGAGUCUGUCACAGACAGAUUCCACCGCCUGUUGGUCAAUAAUUGGAUCAAUCUCCUGAACCAGUGGCCGGUGUGUGUUCUUUCCAAACUGAACUUACUGUGAAAUGGUUAAACGCGGCC